ACAUGAAUCCAAGAAACAACAACUAAGAUCACACCUCACAGAUUUGAAACUAUAAGUUUGAUCAUCAUAUAAAUAUGAAGAAGGCCAUCGCUUUGCAUGUUGUAGGGUUUCUUGUGGUUCUGGGGUUUAUCGGGUCUCAAGCAGCUUUGGUUCCAAAAACCUAUAACUAUGAGGUUAAAGAAGCCAACUUCACAAGGCUAUGCAAGAGCAAGAGGAUCUUGACGGUUAAUAGUGAAUUUCCUGGUCCGACUAUUUAUGCUCAUAGGGGUGAAACCCUCAUUGUUAACGUAUUCAAUCGAGGCAAUCUAGGCAUCACUAUUCACUGGCAUGGAGUGAAGCAACCAAGAUAUCCAUGGUCUGAUGGGCCUGAAUUCAUCACACAAUGUCCGAUCAAACCAGGAGGCAACUUUAGCCAAAAAAUCAUUCUUUCUGACGAAGAAGGCACACUAUGGUGGCACGCUCAUAGCGAUUGGACUCGAGCCACUGUUCAUGGUCUAAUCGUUAUAUUCCCCAAGAUCGGAAGGCCAUACCCUUUCCCUAAACCAGCCGCCGAGUUUCCCAUCAUCUUAGGUGAAUGGUUUAGGCAAGAUGUUGAGGCUGUGUUGCUAGAUUUCAUGAGCACCGGAGGGGAUCCUAAUUCAUCUGAUGCUCUAACCAUCAAUGGCCAACCUGGUGAUCUUUACCCUUGCUCUACUGCAGAAACAACCAAGUUCAUUGUGGAACAUGGAAAAACUUAUAUGCUCAGAAUGGUUAAUGCCGCGAUGAACCUCUUCAUGUUCUGGGCAAUUGGAGACCACGAAGUAACCGUUGUAGGAACCGAUGGUGCAUACACCAAGCCACUAAAAAGCGACUAUGUGACCAUCUCCCCUGGCCAAACCAUCGACCUAUUGUUUAAAGCCAACCAACCCAUAGGUCGCUAUUAUAUUGCAGCUAAGCCAUAUAAUAGCCAGCCAUUGAUUAGUUUCGAUAACACUACCACCACAUCCAUUAUCGAGUACAAAGGCUACAAAAAAUCAUCUUCACCUCCAAUUUUUCCCCAUCUUCCAAAGGUUAGUGACAUCAGUGCAUCGGUUAAUUUCACUGGAAGCCUUAGAAGUUUAGCAAGUCGUGCUCAUCCUAUCGACGUCCCAAUGAAGAUCACACACAACUUCUUGUUCACCAUCUCCAUCAACACAUUGCCAUGCCCUAAUAAUGCAUGUUUAGGACUUGGAGGACGUAGGUUUGCUGCAAGUGUAAACAACAUAACAUUUGAUUCUCCAAGGAUUUCGAUACUGGAUGUUUAUUAUAGAAGAAUCACUGGUGUUUAUGGAGACGACUUUCCCAGUUUCCCACCAUUGUUUUUCAACUUUACCUCCACUAAUCUGAGUACAUCGUUGCAGACUCCGUUGAAUGCUACAGAGGUGAAAGUACUAGAUUUCAAUGACACAGUAGAGCUGGUGUUUCAAGGAACAAACUUGGUUGCAGGGAUCGAUCACCCCAUGCAUUUGCAUGGGCAUAGUUUUUACGUUGUUGGAUGGGGAUUUGGUAACUUUAAUAGAAGURAGGAUCCUUUGGGGUAUAAUCUUGUUGAUCCUCCUCUCCAACAAACCAUUGCAGUUCCGAAAAAUGGGUGGACAGCUAUUAGAUUCAAGGCCGAUAACCCUGGAGUUUGGUUAAUGCAUUGCCAUCUUGAACGUCAUAUAAGUUGGGGAAUGGAGGCAGUAUUCAUCACAAAGAAUGGUAGCGGUACAGGGGAAUCAAUCUUGCCACCACCUCCAGAUUUCCCACCAUGCACUUAAAAAAUCAUCCGAAUACGAAUAAUUCUUCUUUCUUCGUAUCUGUCUCAUGUCAAAAUCUGCAUGCUGAUCACUAGAAUCUGCAAUAUCUUUAUCUGGACUGUAUGCAUAGAUCAAAGAUAUAUAGCAUAUAACCUACAAAAUGGCUUUUGCUUCAAUGGUAUCAAACGAGUUUUAUGAUAUGAUUUUCAAUUACGGGUUUGAAUUUCUCUAAGAAUAUGAAUAARUACAAGAAGAUUUGUUGUUUGAUAUUGUAAAAGUAGGAGCCACUAGUGCUGCUAGCUUCAAAUGGAACAAGUACUGUAUCCAUAAUAAAGCACAUUCAUAGUGUGUUCUC